CUGUCUCGUAUGUCCUCCCUCGAUACUGACGAGGUCACAUUACCAUCUUGAAGCCAAUCGCAGAUCCAUUCACGAUGUGAUGAUGUUGAUCCACAACACCUCACUAGCUGAGGAGGUUUACGCCCUCAACGCCAUCUAUGGCGAGGGUCGGAUUGCCGUAACCUUUUCCGAUGCGCACCACACGACGGUGGCCGUCCGGCUUCCCGGCCUCGACUACUCGUUCCUGCUCCGCGUCCUCGACGACUAUCCUCGGUCGUGUCCGCAGGUCCUCGGCGUCGACAACCUCGUGGAGAGCACGAAGCCAGAAGUCCAGCAGAAUGCCGUCUACCUGGGGGCGUGCGUCCAGGCGGUGCACUAUCCGGAAAGUGUCUGUCUGUACGACGCCAUCGAGGAAUUCGAGACGGUGCACAAAGCCCUGCAAGCGCAUGUCCCACCAUCUGAAGACACAGAAAAGGAGUCUCAGCUGCAGUCUGCGAGAAGAGCCGUCAUCCUCAAAGACUUGGCGACGCGAGCGAGGGCGAAGGUGGAUGUAAGAGCCCAGCAAAGCGUCAUCGCGGAUUCGCCCUUUGAUGUCGUCGACUGUGUUGUCUGCAUGGACCCGUUCUUCAGAGUUGACGUCGUCAGUUUGAAAUGUCGGCAUUCAUUCUGUCUCGGAUGCCUUCACGAAGGUCUACAGAAUAUGUUCAAGACGAGAAUCGAAUUCAAGUGCUGCGGCCACAGCGUUCCGCUCAGGGCAAUCCGCGAACGCGGCGGCCUGGACGCAGACUUCCUUGAUAUCUUGGUGGUCUGGCUCCAAGAAGUCCACACCGCAAACCCAGUCUACUGUCCGUGGGAAGACUGCCUUGCGUACAUCCCGGCAUCUAUGGUCAGGCAAGACUACGCCAAAUGCCUUCUCUGCAAGAAGAGGGUGUGUAUGGGCUGUAGGGGGAAGGAGCACGGUGGAUUGUGCAAGCGUGACAAGGCGCUGCAGGCGCUCAUUGAGAAAGAGAAGUGGAAAUUCUGUCCGGCUUGCGGACAUCUCGUGCAAAGGAGGGAGGGGUGCAACCAUAUGACAUGCAUUUGCUCCGCGGAUUUCUGCUAUCGGUGUGGGAAGAUGUGGUCAAGACGCAGCCCGGCUUGCGACUGUGGCCUUUUCCAACACCUCAACUGACUGCGCGCCCGAUCGACAUUCACUAAUGUGUUGUCAGUUCGAGAUAUCGAAGCACGAGACGGGGUCUGUUUCUUUGGGAGGCCAUUGUGUCACCCUGUGUGCCACAGUGCAGCCUGUCUUAAGAGUGACUGCCGCCGCCUCAUUGACUGUCGUGGACCGCGUACCGUCGAUCCAGUCUAAACUUUCUGGCGACUGUCGUAUUCGUUCCAGAAGAUCCCCAUGGCUUCCGAGAAAGAUUUGGCCGGCAGGUCCAGCAGCUGGUUCCCGAACUCCGGCCUUCCCUCGUACUGGUUUCCCUGUGCGAACGUGCCGAAGGUCAACUUGGGCAGGGCGCUGUUAUCGCCGCUCCUGACCUGCUCCUUUCCCUUCUCCAACCAAGAUCCGUAUUCGACAUUCUCCACCUGCCAACCGGGCACUUUCUGCUGGACGGCGUCCAAGAUCUCCUUCUGGCUCGUCCUGAAAUCCUGUACCAGCAAGAUCCGGUUCUUGGACACUUCCGGCUUCUCGAUCGCCCUGACCACCGCCAAAGCAACGGUAUCCAAGGUCGUGGCCACGAAUUUCGGUUCGCCACCGUCGAUCAACACGGCCUUUUUGGUUUGCCAGUCCAGCUGGAAAAACCCGGAAGCGACACCCAUCUCGAAGAAGGCAUUGCAGCAGAUGCUCGUCCACUCGAGCCCCGUGUCUUCCUUGGAGAUCAAGUAAUCGCGCACGUCGUGCUUGAUCUUGAACAUCUCCCGCAACUGGAGCAGCCAGUCCGGCAGGUCGUCCAGGCCGAACUCGGUGGGGAAAUACCGCUUCACCUUGGCGGCGAGGCAGGCCUCGAUGAACUUGUACUGUUCGUGCAUGCCCAUCAUGGAGACCGCGGACACAACCACGUCGACGUCCUUGAAUGCCUCGGUGAGCUCGGAGACCGGGUAGUCGUCGGCCACGCGGAUGACCGUGACCGCGUCGGGGAAUUUGGCGGUGGAGGAAUUGCGUGACAGCACCGUGACCUGGAAGUUUUGCGGGGAGGCCAGGAGGUGUUUGAGGAUCAGGCUGCCGAGAUUGCCCGAGGCGCCGAUGAGGCAGAUCCGUUUGAACGCCAUCGUGGGUCGUUAGAGCGAUGAGAUGGCUUUUAUAUGACCACUGUUCUAAGGCGAUGAUGCUCGGUCAUGGAGGCAGACGUGGUCGAGUUAAUGUACUCUGUACUGCGAUAGUCUGAGACUCCCGAGGGGAUUUUUACUCCACCAUGUCUUCGGCAGAUUGAAUUGGGCUUGAACGUUCCGGAUGUGGAGCGUGGGGCAAAGAAUAAUGCCGGGAGUCUGACAAAACAUGUUUGCGGAGAUGCC